GUUUUGCCCUCUCAUUUACUAAAACUAACCGUCAUAACAUCGAUUCAUGUGCUUCUUCUGUGUUGCAUUUAUAUCCCAAUUUGCUUCCACCAAAUAUCUUCCCUCUCUCGAUUUUAAACUUCUUCUUCUCCAAGACCACUUCUCACUUUCUCUCUCUCGCUCUCUCUUGGAAACCAAAACAAUGACGAUGACUCACCUGAAUCGUCUGAUCUUGAUCUCUCUUCUCUUCGUCUCUUUACUUCUCAAAUCCUCCACCGCUUCUUCAACCGUCGUCGACGAAGGAAACAGAACAUCAAGAAACUUCCGUUACCGAACGCACCGAUUCGUUCCGAGGUUUAACCACCACCCUUACCACGUGACUCCUCACCGUUCGUGUGAUUCCUUCAUUCGUCCUUACGCGCGUUCUAUGUGCAUUGAGCUUCAGAGAAUCCACCGUAGCAGUCGGAAGCAGCCACUUCUUUCUCCUCCUCCUCCGGAGAUUGAUCCAAGGUACGGCGUCGACAAAAGACUCGUCCCCUCUGGUCCAAACCCGCUUCACAACUAAAACCAUAUCCUCAAGUUUCUAUACAUACAUAUAUACAGAAACAUUUGUCACAUAUUUUCUAAUUUAACUCGUUUCUCGGAUUUGUUCGAGAGAGAUUUGUGUACUUUAUAGCUAGAGUUAUUUUGGCCCAAGAAGAUGGUUCGUUAGUUCUUCUUGGUCUUCUUUGCGGAAAUUUCUUAUUUCUACUUUCUUGAUCUUGUAAUGGAGUCUUGCGUUAUGGUAAUAUUGUAACUAAGCUAUUUCCACGCUUGUUUUUGGGCUUUGUAGUGUGAAAACAAUCUUGGAAAUAGUGUAUUUUUGCAAGGGACUUUCUUUUGUUUUUCUAAUGAGAAAAUGAUAAAUUAUAGUUUUGAAAGCGAAAGGAGAAAAAAAGAUUUAGUAUGGUUGGGAGAGGAGAGGUGAAGAAACGCAUGAGCUCCAUUAAUUUGGGAGCUGUAUUUAUGUAACUCUAAAGUUUCCAUUGGUCUAUCAAUAAAAAUUUAAAAAGGUUGAUGGGGCAUAUAUAUGUUAUGUUCUUCUCUUUCGUGUGAUAUUUCGCUGUAAA